UGUGGAUUUGUGUCUUUUUUUUCCCCUUGGACAAAAAAUGAGAAGCACAAGACAGAAGUUAUGACUAGUGAAUCUCUUUAACGCGGUCCCUUGGUAUACUGCAGAUCUGUAGACUACGCAGAGGGUCCUGUUGUCUUUGUGCAGACGUGCAGUGACCGCCUGGGUUAGGAAGGGUCCGGUGUGGAGGUCUCCAUAGCGAUCCACCUGUACAUCCUUCCUGUCCCUGCAGUCAGUGCUGGGUCCCACCCCAGGCUGUAACACACGGGCAGACCUGGCAUCUCAGAGUGUUUCAGAUGCCAGGCCUGCCUCCCCGAAGCCUGGCAGCAUUAUACCAAGGGCUGCGUGGAAGCUGGGCUUAUUGGGAAGAGCUCAGUAAGAGGCUCCAUAGAGGGGAGGAGAACUUUCAUGUGUAGCUAACCUUGCUUUUCCCGUUCAGAUUAUCCUCUAUUAAACUUCUCUCUGUUAUCUGUGUGUGUGUGAUUUUUGUAGUGGAGAAGGCAAUUGCAGAGCCCCCUCCUUGAUGCCUGAAAAUGGUCCUCUGUCGCCUGCAGGGGAUUGUAGACAAUUACAAAAGAGACCAGCAAGCAUUCAAGCCCCCCUCUGUUCCCCUGGGGGAAACACUUCACUCUCUCUUCUCUCUCUCUGUCUCUCUGGGGCUUUUUAAAUGGAAAUCAUGAACUGUAGCUAGUAAUAGAUUUAAUCUGUUGUAGUGCAGUGGGAUUAAUUUAAAAAGCAAAUGCCAAAGUCUCUAUACUGCAGUUUUAACCGCAGGUGUUUUGGGGGUACAGUCUGACAUGUUUUCAUGCAUAUUGAAAAUGCCAUGUUUUUAAGAUCAUUGGACAGAUCAGCUUUUAUGAAGUCCACAAAGGCUGAUAUUAGACAAAAUUAAUUUGUGAAGCCUUUGAAGAGCAUGCGUUAUAAAAGUGCUGAAGCACAGCAAGGUAAACGUGCGAAAUGGGGAUAUUACCUUUAGUGCAGAUUUAUUGCAGCUGAGGUGGAAAAACACUGUUCUCUGUACACUGUUUCAGUUUUCCACUGUAAUUCAGCAUCUCAGCUUCUGGCAGCACCCUUUUCAGACAUAAUGGUGAUGAGUUUAUUUCACUGCUUCUCUUGGCCCGCCACCACCCCUCCCCUCCCCACACAAGAUUAUAGGGGAUUAAGUCACAUGACAUUCUCUUUGACAAGGUGCAGCAUGUUUCUGUAUGAUUGUGCUAAAUGUCUUUUUUAAAUCCAGUCCACAUGAUAAGAGCGCAGGGCCCAGUUCCUCUUUUAACGGUCAUUUUUCUUUGUUGUUGUUGUGUUUUCCAGUUCUUUUUCCUGGUUCAGACAGUCCUGUUUACCAGGCCCUGCUGAAAAUGCCAGCCCACAGUUUUGUCUCCUGCAGCUAAUCCUGUUUCUCAGUGUGGCCUUUUUUCUGUGUUGUGUGUUUGUGUAAAGAUGAGAGACAGCGUUGUGUGAGGUUAGCGCUGUUUCAGAUGUGCGCGCGCCCACGGAGCGUCUCCUGAGAGCCCCCCCUCCCCCCUCAGCUCUGGGCACGUAAGGCUUAGGCUGCUGUAUUUAAAUCAGGGCUUUUGCUGGCUUGUGCCUCCAGAGGUGCCGGGGCAUGCAGUUUUCUGUGCCCUUGGCGGGACGGAGGCCUUACUGUAGCCCAGCGCUCUCCGCUGCGGCUUCCCGUUCAUUCAGAGGGUGGGAACGCCCUUCUUCCUUCCAGUUACUGUAGCAGGUAAGGACGCAGGGGGCCUGUCUGUUCCACUGAUGCAGUGGAACUCAGACACCAGCAAAAGCCCAGAGGGAGGGUUCUGCUCUGAAAUGUGCAGUGUGAGAGAAUGUUUGUGUGUGUUUUUUCUUUCCUGGUAAGUUAAAUUCAUGAUAAACUGUAUCUUGCUGUUGACCCCGAAAAUCAUGAACUCUUUUGUUCUGUGUAUCUUGAUUUUUCUGUGUACUUUAGCGAUGCAGCCCACGCGAGUCGCUUGUUCAUAACACAUCUUAUGAAACAUGAGAGCACAACCCACUGGAGAGCCCGCUGUGCUUGCUAGCGUUUGGUACAUGACUUUAAAAACAAGGACAGGCGUCAUUCCCGAUGAGGCCAAAGCUCUGUCGCUGCUGGCGCCCGCCAACGCCGUCGCGGGCCUCCUGCCUGGCGGCGGGCUGCUCCCCACUCCAAACCCGCUGGCGUCGAUUGGAGGUGUUCCUCUAGCUGCUCUGGGGGGCCCUACCCUGGACCCAGCUCUGGCUGCUCUUGGGUUACCUGGAUCCAACAUGAAUUCUCAGUCACUGGCAGCUGAUCAGCUCCUGAAGUUCAUGACCUCCGUGGAUCCAAAGCUGAAUCAUGUGACCACAGGAAUGAACCUUAAUCCUGGUCUGAAGGCUGACGCGUCCAGCAAGGAGAUCGAGGAGGCGAUGAAACGGGUCCGAGAAGCACAGUCUCUCAUCUCUGCUGCGAUCGAGCCUGGGAAUAAAAAAGACACCAAAAGGAAGCAUUCACGCUCGCGGUCCCGGUCGAGGAGGAGGAGGUCCCGCUCGCGGUCCAGACACAGGCGCUCCAAAAGCCGGUCGAGGAGGAGGUCGCGUUCGAGGAGCCGGAGGAGGUCCAAGAGCCCCCGCAGGAGACGCUCCCAUUCCAAGGAGAGGAGCCGGCGUUCACAGAGCAGGUCCAGGGACAGGAAGAAGGAGGAGAAGGAGAAGAAACGCUCAAAAACACCCCCGAAGAGCUACAGCAGCUCCCGCCGGUCCCGAAGCAUCAGCCGGAGACGGAGGAGGAGUCGCAGUGCCAGCAGGUCACCAAAGAAGUCCAAAUCCCCCAAGAGGAGGCUGACCCGCUCCCCAUCCCCGAGGAGGCAUAAGAAGGAGAAAAAGAAGGACAAGGACAGAGAGAAGGAGCGGGAGCGGAAGGAGGAGAAGGACAGGAGCAGAGAAGAGCGGGAGCGCUCCAGCAGCAAGAAGAAGAAGAGCAAAGACAAGGAGAGGGAGAGGGAGAGGGAGAGGAAGUCUGAGAGCGAGAAGGCCGACGUCAAGUGUGCUAAGCCUGGGUUGCUGCAAGCAGAGGGGACUAAUAAGGCAGAAGUCAAUCAGGUGACCAGAGACUAUGACGAGGAGGAGCAGGGCUACAGUGACAGGGAGAGGGAGGAGCAGAAAGACUCAGACUCCGCCCCCUCCCCAAAGCAUGCGUCUGCUGCGGAGAAAGGCCCCGGGGACACGUCGAAAGAGUCCAAAGUCAACGGAGACGACCACCAUGAGGAGGAUAUGGACAUGAGUGACUGACCCCGCCCCCGCUGCCUGUCCCCGCCUAAGGGGGGAGUGUCAGCUAACCAUCCCGCCCAUCUGGGGGGAGUGUCUUUGACCGCCCGCCCCUCUGGGGGAGUGUCUUCUGGCAUAUUCUUCAGUCCCAUUCCUCCAGCUUUUUCUGUGUUUUAGAGGCAGCAGAUGUGCCUGGUUGCUCACAGCAGUCUGGCCAGAGAACUGUUGUCUAAUGUAGCUGUUCUUUUCUGAACCUUUUGUUCUUUUCCAUCUUUCCAUCCCAGCCACUUAGAGGUGUAGCCAGGUGGAAGGAUCUGUAUGCGGUGUGCAUGCAAGAGUUACAUUUUUAUUUUUUUUUUGUCCACAGUGAUAUUUGUACAUGAACAACAAAAAGAAAUAAAUAAUACAACAAAAAUACCGCUAUUAGAUGGUAUUAGGUGGGUUUCAGAGUAGUUAUUGCUGUAAUUUUCAGGGCCUCAUUAAUACCCUUUCAGGCAAAAGGCCCCUGUUGCUGUGUUUGUGUAUUCAGAGCUUACGCUGGUAGGCGAAACUGCUCAUGUCUUAUUUUCGCUUUCAUAUUGAGGUGCAUCACUGUAGUGUAAUAUUCCGCUCUCUGCGUUUUGCCGCGGUCCUCAUUUCAGAUCUGUCCCUGCAGAGCAGUGUUGGGCUGCAGGAUGUGCUUGUUGCCGGUGCCUGACUCCAGCCAGGGGUCACCGCUCCGCAGCUCACCGUCAGCGCCUGUGGGUCAGGCACCGGCCCUCCUGGAGUCGGCAAUGUGUUUUACUAGUGAGGAACUUUGAUAA